AUGGACGGAGCUACCCCUGCUCCGAGCGAGAUCAUGGCGAUGGGCGUUAUCGACAAGGGGCAGAUGGGCUCGGGCAUCGCCCAGCUCAAAGCCGGUGCUGGAUGUGGCAUCCUCCUCCUUGACUCCGACACCGGCUCCCUCUCCCGUGCCGUCGCCUCCAUCUUUUCCUCGCUCCACCGUCUCGUCGCCAAGGCCAACUAUCCCAGCUCACCCUCCCCAAAUCAACCUUCAAGGUGGUGCUUUGCCUUGGCAAACUUUGGUUGGUCGCAAGCCAUGUGCGAAGACUCAAUCAAGCAGAUGAGGUGCGUCUCCAGCAUGCAAGAUCUCAGGGAUGCGGAUCUUGCGGUCGAGGCCAUUGUUGAGUCCGAAGAUGUGAAGAAUAAGCUGUUCGUGGAGCUGGAUAAGAUCACGAAGCCCUCCACUAUACUUGCAUCCAACACUAGCUCCAUCUCUAUAACCUGCCUGGCUUCAGCUACCAAACGCCCUUCUCAGCUCAUCAGUGCCAAAAGGACCAUGGAUAUCGGCGUCUACACCGGCUACUCCAUCCUGGCCACCGCGCUCGCCAUCCCCAAGGACGGCACGGUUAGAAGUGCGACCCGUUCUUAG